ACCCUAAAAAGAAAGAAUAAAACAACAGGAAAAAGAAAAGAUUAAAACUGUGAUAAAGACCUAACUGGGUUUUCUUGGCUACAAACUCCUCCUCAUCUGGUCCUGAAACAAUGAGUGGGAAAUCCCUGCUCUUAAAGGUCAUUCUCUUGGGUGAUGGUGGAGUUGGGAAAAGCUCACUUAUGAACCGUUAUGUAACCAAUAAAUUUGACUCCCAAGCUUUCCACACUAUAGGGGUAGAGUUUUUAAACCGAGAUCUGGAGGUAGAUGGACGCUUUGUUACCCUCCAGAUCUGGGACACUGCAGGGCAAGAACGUUUCAAGAGCCUAAGGACACCCUUCUACAGGGGAGCAGACUGCUGCCUCUUGACCUUCAGUGUGGAUGACCGGCAGAGCUUUGAGAAUCUCGGAAACUGGCAGAAAGAAUUCAUCUACUAUGCAGAUGUGAAGGAUCCUGAGCACUUCCCCUUUGUAGUACUGGGUAACAAAGUAGACAAAGAGGAUAGGCUAGUGACUACUGAGGAGGCAAAGGCCUGGUGCACAGAGAAUGGGAAUUAUCCUUAUUUAGAAACAAGUGCCAAAGAUGAUACUAAUGUGACAGUGGCCUUUGAAGAAGCUGUCAGGCAAGUUUUAGCUGUAGAGGAACAGUUGGAGCAUUGCAUGUUAGGUCACACCAUUGACUUGAAUAGUGGCUCCAAAGCAGGCUCUUCAUGUUGUUAAAAGUAAAGAAUCUUUUAAAACAUGUCCUUAAUUGAUCAGCCAGUAAUGUAAGAAUAACUGAGACCCUCUAAGGGUGCACACAUACACAAAAGGUUAAGAAGUAAGGUUGUGAUUGUGAACCAGAGCCUUUUAAAUUAAAGUUGUAGAAUGAUUU